AUGACUGAAGACGUACCAAGCUGGGCUCGUUACCCCCUUUCCUUGUCGCCAGAAAUAUGCAAUCCGUAUGCUUGUGAUCUGGCGCAUUACAGCAGAAUCCUGGAGCAAAACUCCAAGCGUCUCUUCAUGGAAGAUGGAGAAAGGCGAAUAAAGGUCAUCGAAGUGGGAAUACGAGAAUUGAUCAUUAGCAGCUUCGAAGGUCUAGACAAUUAUUUGACGACUUCUCGAUACUCUGGCCUCCGUCUCAUUCUGAUACCUCAGAGGUUUUCCUGGGACCGAUUGAUGAUCUCGGAUCGCGCUCUGCGGAGGCUCGCGCACCAUUUUGGCAUCUUCCCAGAGUUCCUCGAUGUCGUUACAGCAUUUGGCGAACGCAUCGUCUCCGACAGCGACUCAGUUGGGGGCUUCCGUUCACAUUCCGGUGGCCAAGCAUUCGAGUGCGCGUAUCUGGCCAAAACAGUCGAGGAACAUGGUCGUGAUGACGACGAGGAUCCUUGGUCCAUCCGCCAGAUGGGCAUUUACUCCCAGAGGGAAGCGAAUAAGGAGGCCACUACCUUCAUCAUCAUCAACCCCCUGCAGACCUUCUUACAGCGGCUCAAAGACGCUCAAGCUGGCACGGGUGAGCCGCCAGCAUGGCGUGACAUCCAUCGACUCGCAUUGUCAUCUUCGACAACGCCCUGGAGACAGUACACAAGCUACCUAGAAACCCAAAUGACCCAAUUAAAAACAAGAGCUCACUUAUCGAGUGUCUCGGACAAGGAACCGACGGGUUCUCUGCCCACGAUCAGAAUUGAAUUCGAAGAUACGCAAGACGUCAAGGUCCUUGAAGACAAAUUGUACCGUCUACGCCAUGUCUUGAACAUGAACUUGCAAGUCUGCAGAGAAGUCGGCGUGCUAUUUACUCAGUACAGGCAGAGCUGCGAUCCAGGUAUUAUGCCAGCCACCUGUCCCUCGGAUCCAGCAACCUUUGGCUUCAUUGCGGAGAUCGAGAUCCAGCUCGAACGGAUACUUACCCUGAAGCAAAGAACUGAAGCAGUGUCUGACCUGAUGCAGAAAAUUAUUGCAUUCCGAGCUCUUGCGGCGCUGAAAACGAGUAGUUCAAUGUCGACAGAGAUCGCACGUCUGGCACAAAGCGAUAAUAAGAUCAUGGUGGACCUGGCCACCAAAUCGCGAGAUGACGCGCAAAUCCUGAAGACAAUAACCAUCUUGACUAUGAUAUAUUUGCCGGCAGCGUUUGUCUCGGUGAGUAAUGUGUCCGGCAUCCUGCACGAUCCUUCUGACAUUCAGGAUCAGCAGUUCCUUAGUAUGGGAUACCUGGACAUCCGUUACGGGCAGCACACAAUAAGCCUCCACUUUGCAGGCGAGAUGUGGAUUUUUGGUAUUCUCACAGUAAUCCUCUUAGGCGUCACCAUUGGUUCUUGGCUUUGGCUCGAAAGGCGUCGAAGGCAACGGAGAGAUCUUUUGUUGCAUGCGCGGACCACGGAUGUCGAGCAAUAUUCCGUGGGUCUGCGAAGCGAAGAUUGA